AUGUCCGAUUAUCUCUCAGAAGACAUCUUGAGAAAUAUCCUAGCAAGAUUGCCAGUGAAGACAUUGUUGCGCUUCAGUAUUAGAAAGACUGUCUCUGUUCCUAGGCCAACUGCGAAUAUUCGGUCUGAUUUAUACUUUGAAGACUGUUUUGGAUUUGGAUUUGGUUUUGAUUCCAUCAACCAUGACUAUAAAGUGUCCUCGGCUUUUGUGAAUGGAGCUUGUCAUUGGGCAGCAGAUUCAAAGGAAUGGUGUCUUGAAGAGCAAUGUGGUGGUGAACUGAAUGUGAUUGUGUUUUUUAAUUUAGCAGAAGAGAAGAUUGGAGAAAUGAUAGUUCCUGUAAUUUGUAGGGAUGAUUUGGCCGUUAAUGUUAUUGUUUUCGAUGGAUUGCUUUCAUUGGUUGCCUUAACUGGACAGGACUAUAGUCGAGGAAGUUAUUCAAUUUGGCAGAUGAAAGAGUAUGGUGAUGCGAGAUCUUGGACCAAACUUUUCAACAUUGAACAUUUGAAAGGCCAAGUAGACGAUUUUAUUGGAUUUAAGAAAAAUGGUGAGCUUUUUUCCCUUGCUAAGGAGGGGAGAGCCAACUCCGGGAGAGCUAACUUCUUACUCAAAGACCAAAAAUGGGAGUUGUAG